AUGUACACAUUUAAUACUCCCUGUAAAUGGCCACCUCGGAAAGUCGAAGAUAUUGAACAUGACGGAGGUUAUAGCAUGGCUCUUUGCAUUCACCUGGAUGAUGACGCAGUGACUGACGAGAAGCCAAAGCGAUAUCUUCUAUGUGAUCUAUUUAAUGUACCUGCAUCGAAUGAAACCGUCAGCUUUGAAGAACUUGGAAGGUUGCCAAGAGAUAUGUACAGGAGCGCGAUCUACCCCAGUAUUUAUGAUACUUUUCCACAAGAUGUUCCUAUGAAGGAGAUAGUAAGAAAUAUUACUAUGGGAAAGCGUGUGUCCUAUGUAAGUAUUUGUUUUACUUGA